GUGACUUGAGGGUCGGGGGAAGCUUUCUUUGGCGUUUGAACCAUUACUAGGUGAAGAAGCGGGGGAAGGUAUAGGCAGUUGCAAGCAUUGCCAAGCGCACAUGAACGUUCGGUUCGUCAGGCAUGUUUCGAACACUAAACAUGCUGCUCGUAGCUGCUGAGAAAAAGUAUAUACAAUCGGAAUUUGUGCUCUCUCUCUCGUUGUUGUAAGCGGUGGUUCUCAGCUAUACUUUUCACUCGUAUUCACAAAAAAAAGUUACUAAAAAUUAUUAAAUAUAUAGUAUUGUUAUAAUUGUAACUGCCUUAUAAAAGAAAUAGUUCUGUGCCUUAAAAAAAAAAAAAGGAAUUGUGUGCUCCAAUGUAUAAUAGACCCAAGUGAUAUAAGUGAAAGCGUGUUCCAAUAUUUUAAAGUGACAAACUUUAAGAAGCUGACAGUUGCGAUAAAAAGACAUGAAAAUGUUGUAUAAUGCUUCACUUAAUGCAGCGAGUCGAAUAUUUGUUAAGGAUAAAAUCAGAUAAAAGAAUUUGACAAGUGCUACUGUAAAAAAAAAAAAAAGAAGAAUAGUGUUUUUAAAUCUGUUUGUUAAAAAUAAGAAAAACAUGAGAGUCAAAUUAUCGCUUAUUCAAUUAAAUAUGAAGGACACUUGUGAGAAUGAAAAACAUAUAAAAUGAAGGUUUUUAUUGUUUUUGGAAAAUAGGUGCGAUUAAGUUUUGAUAAGUGUUUAAAAGUGUACCUUGAUGGUUUUCAUUAAAAAGUGCCAUUUGUUAAUUUGUGUUGAUUUUACGUGAGUUUCAAGUAUCAUGUUAACGGUGGAAUUCCGCUUGAGAGGAAUCUGAAGGCGGGGACUCUGACGUCACUCCUCUCAUGAUAAUGAGAGUGCAGUGAAAUAUGCCAAGGAGACGGAAUGGGGAGAUACCACUUCCGGAAGGGUGGGAUGUCGCUCAGGACUUUGAUGGGAAAGUGUACUUCAUUGACCACAAUACAAGGAAAACAACGUGGAUCGAUCCUAGAGAUAGAUUCACGAAACCCCAAACAUUUGCAGACUGCAUUGGUAAUGAACUUCCAUUGGGUUGGGAGGAGGCCUAUGACAAACAUGUUGGUGCCUACUAUAUUAAUCAUGUCAACCAAACCACACAACUUGAAGAUCCAAGGCAAGAAUGGCGUGCCAUUCAAGAAGCCAUGCUUCGAGAGUACUUGCAAACAGCUCAGGAUGUACUCGAGGCGAAGAAGGAAAUUUAUGAUGUUAAGCAGCAAAGGUUGUGUCUUGCACAGGACGAAUAUAAUCACCUAAACAAUGCCCUAACUACACUCGGUGCUUCUAGAACCAGUUUGUGUUCUAGUUCGAGUUCAUUGAGCACCAAAUAUGAUCCAGAUCUACUUAAAUCUGACGUGGCACUUGCCAGGAGUCGAGUUUCACGAUUGAAAAGAGAAUUGGAGCAGAUUCGCGCAGAGAUGAAUUGCACUCAACGAGGAGUUGAUACUUUGGCAAGUGUGGAACAAAAACUAAAUACUCAUAAUGGUGGUUGUUACAAUAUUACGGAAGCGCAAGCAAUUAUGUCUGAAUUAAGAAACAUUCAAAAAUCUUUAAUAUCUGGCGAAAAAGAAAAGGCCGAAUUAAUGCAAUCUUUAGCGCAAUUAAAAGAUGAAUUAACAAGGUUACAAUUGUGUGAGGGUAGUCCCGAUGCAAGUACAUUGAGUUUACCACAAGAAAAAUUGAGUACUGCAUCGCAAACUGAUCUUUCAGGUGAAAUUGUACCAAUUGGUACAAGACUUGCUGAAAUGGCACGUAUGCGAUUGCAAUAUGAUGAGGCGCGUAAACGUAUUCAACAUAUUCAACAACAAUUGGCUGAUCUAGAGGAAAAAGUAACACCAGGACAAACUGAAAGUGAUAAAGAUAAAUUAUUAUUAUUUCAAGAAAAAGAACAACUUCUUCGUGAAUUACGAAGUAUAACAUCACGAUCAAGAAGUCAGCAGGAUAUGAAAAAAAUACAAUGUGAAAUUAAACGUUUAGAACAAGAUCUGAAUAAUGCACUUGAGCUAUCAAAUAAAACAAUAACUGAUCGCGUUAGACUUCAUGAAGAGAAAAAUCUUUUACUUCAACAAUUACGCGAUGCAUUACGUUCAAUGACAAUGCUUGAGGGUCAAUUAAAAACACUCAGCGCAAGUACAUUGUCAGUGAGUAGUAGCUCAAGUCUCGGUAGCUUAAGUACAACGAGCAGUAAAGGUUCCCUCAGUUCGGGUCUUAGUUUUACUGAUAUUUAUGGUGGACCACAAUGUCUUGGCGCAGUUCAACAGGAAAGACCCGUCGAUAUGGUGGAUCUUCACAGAAGAGUUGAAAGAUUACUGAAAGGAUCAGAACAAAAUCUUGGUAAUCUUAGUACACCAUCGCCAGGUAGAUCGCAACCAAGUUUAUCGCCUAGAUCUAGUCUUUCGAGUGUAAGUCCACCAGUUUCACCGCUUUACGAAAAUGCUCCAGUGGGACCGCCACCUGCCUAUGAACAAAUUGAAUUACAAAGAAAGCAACAGCAAAGAUUAAUUGGCUUUUCCAAUACGACAACACAACAAUUCGAUCGAAAUCAAUUGGAAGAUAAAUUAGCUGAAUUACGUUUGAGCCAACAAAAUAUACAAGAACAAUUGGCAUUAAAUUCGGCGAAUACUGAACAUCUUAAAGUUAAUACACAACCUUAUAUGGAAAUGCAAUCGGGUAAUAUGUCACAAGGAAGUGGUCUUGGUAGGCCGGCAUUAAAUUUAACGCAAGAACCACCUUUAUCGCCAAUUAGUGAAACACCACCGCCAAUAGGUAUUAGAUCUAGAGCCAGUAGUUCGGGAACAAAUACAAGAUCUGUCUCGGCAGCAGUUUCCGAUGAAAGUGUCGCUGGUGAUUCCGGUGUUUUUGAAGCUUCAAAUCGACGAAGAAUGUCAGGAUUACUUGGUAUUGAUCCACUUAUUCUUGGAGAUACUAAUCUAGAAACUGCUCAAGUGCAAAUUAAACUUAGGUAUUCCGUUAGCGAUGGUCUCCUUCAUAUUGGUAUUGAGCGUGCAAGAAAUUUGGCUGCUCUAUUUAUUCCUGAAAAUUCACAAGUAUAUAUCAAAGCAGCAUUACUUCCGAUGCAGUCAUCUUUAAAUCACAUGUGCUAUACGAAACCGGUUAGUGAUUUGCGAAAGCCAACUUUCGGAGAAACGUUCCCUAUCUCUGUACCGCUAAAUAAACUGUACACGAAAACAUUGCAAGUUAAUGUUUGGUGCACUGGAGGAGAAUCAGAGGAGUGUUUGGGGUCAGCUCAAGUCUCUCUAGCUGAUUUUAGUCCUGAAAUGCUCAGUGUAAAAUGGUACAAUAUACUCUCAUUCCACUUUAUGCAACCAUCAUCAACUGCAGAUUGUAUAAAUGUCAGUACAUGUAGUAAUGUUUUUUCUGGAUUUAAACAAGGCAAACAUGAUAAACAGGAAUCUGAUUUAUCAAUGUAUCGUGGUAUACAAUCACAAAAUACAAAAGAAGAAAGUAGCGACGAAAGUACUAUUAUUAGUUCACAAACUUCAACAUUGACAAGAAAUCAAGGAUGUAAUGAAUUGCAAACUGCAGUUUCUCUAAAACUUGAGGAAUUGACUAAUUGUCUAAAAACUCAAGAUGAAGAAGACGAAGUUGAAAAUAGCGAUGAGGGUAGCAGUAGCAGUAGUAGUGAAAGUGGAAGCGAAAAUAGUGAUGAAGAAGGAAUUAUGGUUGAAUUUAUGGAGGAAAAUGUUCUUGAAGAUGUAUUGGAACAUGAGGAUGAGAAUGAAGAACAUCUUGAUGAAAUUAAUCAAACACUGGACAAAGAAACAAAUACGGAAUGCAUUUUUAUACCAGAACAGGGGAAACAGAGAAAACUUUCAGCGGCUGGAGUUGUACCUGGUGUUAUUAAUAGUGAUAAAAAUUCUAUCGUUAUCAAAAGAAGUCAAACUUUUUCACCUAGCGCAGCGGUAAACAGAAAUCAGUAUAUUUGUCGACUCAAUCGUAGUGACAGUGAUAGUAGUAUGCCACUGUACAGGAGAGGUGGGCCAUUUCAACGAAAUUCCGUUGAACGAAGAUCUUUAAGAUGGCGUCGUUCAUCAUCUGCCAUUAGUUGUAAAUCUGCAUCAAAAAAAUCAACUCAUUUACCACCGGCUGUGAGAACAUCAUUGGAUCUUGAACUUGAUCUUCAAGCUCAAAAUGCCAGAUUAAAUAAUCUUCAGGAUGAAUUAAAUAGACUUAGAAGCAUAAAGCAGAGAUUGGAGCAAGCACGUGAAAAAGGUGACACUGAUUUAGUUUCAUGGCUAUUGGAGGAUCAAAAAUUUCAAAUGUUAAUGGAACAAGCAGAAUGUGGACGUAAUGGUAAAAAUGCCGAGGAAAGAAAAGUUGAGAAAAUGUUUAAAAAGACUUCAAAAGAAAUUUACAAAUUGAGAAAAACAAAAGCUGGAAAUGGAAAACCGGAUAUAAUUUCUUUUAAAGAGAAGAUGGCAUUUUUCACUCGCGUGAACUUAAAAGUACCUGUAUUUUCUCCUGACGAUAUUCCAAAUGAAAGUAUUGGAGUUUUUCCAUCUCUACCAACGAUAUCACACAGAAGACAUGCAUCUGAACCAAUAAAUCAUCAAUCAAUUGUAGGCAUAGGAAAAGUUGACAUUCAAUGUAACAGUACACAAAAUUGUUUAUCAUCAAAUUUAUCUAGCGCAAAUAAUAAUCCAAAAACAUUUAGUGUUACACAAACGAGCACAGUUACAACAACAGCAUCAACAUCAACAAAAAAUAUUAGUAUUAUAGCGAUUGAAAAAGACAAAUCAUCAAUUCCAGAGUCGGAAAAUGAUCAAAUUGAUAAGAAUCCCGAAUCCGAAGAAUUGUCAGGAGAUGAACCUAAACGUUAUGAAUAUGUUGUCGAUAGAGUUUUAGGUGUUGAGGUUUGAAAAUAAUUUUUGAAAUGAAAAAAAGAAAAAUGUGUAACAGGAGAAAAUGAAUUCAGUGAAGUUCCAAGACUAGUCUUCUAAACGAUAUUUGAGAUUUAGACAAUGUUUACUGACGAUUAUUUUUAGAAUGUAAUUAAAAAAAAAAAUGAUAGCUCAGGGGUAAAGUGGGAUGCUGCUUACAAUUUAAAAGUGUGGUGCUGCUGAUUUAACAAAAAGUUUAUAAGCAUAUAUAAUCUUUUUCUUUAAACAAUGGCAAAGUGUACUUUCAAAAAUAUUAUAAAUUUCAAAUUAGGUGCCAUGCAAGUCCGUAUGAUGCUUAAAAUGUAAUAAUGUAAAAAGUAAUAAAAAAAAAAAAGGAAAAGGAACAAGGAGAAAUUAACUCCAGUCUUGUAUGUAGACAAUAAAUAUUGUCAAUUGACAUUAGAGUUCAAAUUUGUGAAGUAUGCCAACCAUUUUUCAGUAGUUUUAAAUUAUUAGAAUUAUUUAUAUUUAUUUAGAAUCAUUUUAAUUACAAUGUAAUUACGAAAAUUCGAAUUUGCAUUUUUUAAUUUAUUUAUUGUUUUGAACGGAAAAAAGGUCUACUAUCAUAAAAAAAAAACUAACUGGUUAACUUCACAAAUUUUCGCUUAAUAAAGCUCACUUAUAUAGUAUUUUUUUGCAUAUUGAAAGUAAAUAUAUGCAGUAAAAAAUAAAAAUUUGAUGAUUCAAAAAAAAGAGCUUAAGCUUCAAAAUGUUUUUUUUAAGAUUGUACAAAAAUCAUGAAUACAUAUUAAUAUAUAAGUAUGAUUCAAAAUGAAAUUGUAGAUAAUGUGUGAUUGGAAUUAUUAUUAUAUAUGAAUGUGUGCUUGAAGUUUGAGGCUGGAAUCCUAAAUGUGAAGCAUUAUUGUGAAAAUAAGGUACAAUCGUAUUCGUAUUUUUAAAAGCGUUCUCUGUAACAAACUAAAUUUUUCUUUUUCUUGGUAAUUAUUACGUAGUAGGAAACAUUAAUGAAAAUUGUAAAAUAGAUUUUUGUUGUGUACAGAAUAGGAUACUUAUAGAAAGCACAUUAUUUUCAGUUUUUAAAUAUAUUAGUUAAAUAUUUAAUAACAUUCAUUCAAAUUGUAGUUUUUAACUUCAUAUAUAUGUAUCAAAAUUUAAAACAUAUUUUUUAUACUCUACUUCGAAAUACUAAACAACGAGGGAUAUAAUAAUAAAAGCAGCUGGUCUGCAAUUAAUGCCGAUUUCCCUCACAAAAAGUGAAUUAUAAUAUGCGCCUCAAUUUUUUUUUCUUUUUUUUUGACUCUAUGCAACAAUGACUUUUUACUGAGACAAUAAGGAAAAAAAUGUUUUUUUCUUUUUUAAACAAAAAAAAAUGUAAAUGAAUUAUAAAUUAUUAUUAUAUUCUCGCCUAUCUACGUGCCUUUAAAUUAAAUGAUUGUUCAUACUGUAAAAAAUAAACAAUUUAAGAAGAUUUUUAUGCAUUGUGAAAAAAUUUUCAAAGUAUCUAGAGAAAGAAAAUUAGGGAUUUUAUUAUUUAUAAUUAAUAAAUACAAUUCUGUAUAAUGGAAAAUACGUCCACUAACGCUGUUGUAGAUUAACAGUAGCAUUUUUCCCCCCCCAUUUAUGAUAGUAGUAUCAUGAAAGUUUUUAUUCCCUUAAAUGUAAUAUUAUAAAUGUUUACUCAUUACGAACAAUAAUCACUGAUUUAAAUGUAAAAGGAAAUUAUUGCAGCAUUACAAAAGUGCCUUAAAAAUGUGACUUCCAAAGGAUGUAUUAUAUGUAGAUAUGAAGUAAAUUUAAUUAAUAAACCCUAAAAAUGCA